UUUUCUUCAUUCUCUUCUUCUUCUUCUUCUUUUUUUUUUUUUUUUUCUGAAAAUUUUUGAUUUUUUUUCUAACGUUGAAAUCAUAGGCUGAGUAAUCGGAUAAAUGUAUAGACUUUCUGAUUGGCCUAAUGUCUCGUCAUUUUGGGCAAAUUUGUCGCUAACCUUUUUGAUUCUUUACAUUUCUAGCUCUUCAAUAAGAUCUACAAUUUCAACUUGGUACCGCCUUCGAAUUUCUUUCAGUUAAUUCACUAGUGAAAGCCACCAUUACAUUUCUCGGUAUACACGUGUCACUAGCAAUUACAAGUUUAAACACUGAUACAACUGCGUUCUUAUUGACUUUGUAGAUCGUUAAGUCAAUGCAUUGAUCUAUUUCUCCAAGAAGUCAACGUAGCAAUUUGAAAUAAUUUCUAAACUUUCUCAUUUAGCUUACAAACUGAAAAAAUAUGAUGGAAAUGAAGACCAAAGUUACCGGAAUGCCACCGGUGAUUAAUGGUAGUUCGGUUGCGGGUGAGAAUGAGUGGGAGCUGAGGCCAAGUGGAAUGCUGGUCCAGAAACGCAACCCGGAUUCUGAAAACCGUCCUGCUCCACCUACUAUUCGGGUUCGGGUCAAGUACCGCUCCAUUUACCACGACAUCAAUAUCAGUUCUCAAGCAACCUUUGGAGAAUUGAAGAAGAUGUUGACGGGUCCAACGGGGUUGCAUCACCAAGAUCAGAAGUUACUGUAUAAAGACAAAGAAAGGGACAAUAAAUCAUUUCUUGAUAUUGCUGGAGUGAAGGAUAAGUCCAAAAUUGUUCUAAUUGAAGACCCACUUAGCCAAGAAAGACGGUACCUUGAGAAGAGAAAAAAUGCUAAAGUGGAGAAAGCCGCUAAAACAAUUUCAGAAAUCAGUGUGGAAGUCGGUAGACUGGCUAGACAGGUUUCUGCACUGGAAUCUAUAAUUACUAAAGGUGGAAAAGUUGUAGAAAAGGAUUUGAUAAAUCUGACAGAAUUGUUGAUGAAUCAGCUGGUUCAAUUGGAUGGUAUUGUUGCUGAAGGUGAUAUAAAGCUGCAGAGGAAAAAUCAGGUGAGAAAAGUGCAAAAGUGUGUCGAAACACUAGAUGUGUUGAAGAUUAAAAAUUCAGUGCCAACAAACACUGGAAAUCACAAUUCAAAAGUCCAAUCUCCUACAGCUCAUCAGCAUCACGAUGAUAUGUAUCUGAAUGAGCAGGCAUCAUCACCGGUUCAACAACAUCAAGACAGACAUUCAUUUGGGAAUUCACCGGUACAAAGCAAACAGCAGCAGCAAUCAAGGCACUCGACCUCAGGGCCUGUUGUCAUAACAACACAAUGGGAAACAUUUGAUCCCACGCCAGCGCCAUUGCUGGAUCAUUUCUCAUCUCCUACAACCACAUCAAGUACCCAUGCUGCAGCUGCCCAACCACGAGUCAGUUGGGAUUUGCUUUGAGUUGUAGACAAAAAAGUGUUUGUGCUAGUUUGAGGGGUUGGCUGCUGUGAAUUUCUCCUUUCUCUUGUUGUUUUUGUACCUAUUCUCCAUUCUUUUCUGUAUCUAGGUUUUGUUUUAAAUCCCCUUUUAAUAAUCUCCAAUAUGAGAAAUAACUGGGGUUACUGCAUAAUAGUUACUGGAGUAUUAGGUUGUAUUUCUUCUUCCAAGUUCUCGAUCAUCAGUACUAUGUAAUGUUUUUGGUGUUGAUCAUACCAUUAUGUAUUUUCGAUUGUAUUGUUAUUGAAGUCGAUAGAUAUAGUAUA